UUGUGUAUUAGUCUUACAUGAUCACGUAUCUUGGGGGCAUUUCUUUACGUUAGUGUUAAAAAUGGUGAGAAGGUGGUUUAUCGGUGCUUCGUGCUUAUUUCUUGUGCUUCAGUGUGUUAUGGAAACAAACUCUUACAGUUCAGGUGCGCCAUCUAUGACGUCAGUCUGCAAGCAACGCAAACCUCUUCAUCACUCUGGCGCUGAAAUCAUCCCUCCACAAAUCGGUAACGCCCCCGUAUCCGUGACAACAAAUGUUAGCAAAGCAAUGGGAGGGGAUGUCAUAACAGUUACAGUGAAGGCUGAGCAGGACAAUUUCAAGGGGCUCCUGGUAGACACUGUUACCGACAUCGAGUCAAACGAAGAAAUUUCUUCCCAUGGAGAGUUUCUUGCAUCCAGUUACAUAAAACAGGUUCAGUGCUCCUGGAAACAUCCAAUGGUGACACAUUCUUCAUCUUCUCCAAAGCAAAACGUCACAUUACUAUUUAGGGUGCCGAGUAUUACAGCUGCUAUACGAUUCAGAGUUACAAUAGUUCAGACCUACGAAGUUUACUGGAUGAAUGUAACUUCAGCAGCAAUUUCUGUAACACCAUCAAAUUCUACUAGCUCAAAUUUAUCUAGGAAGUGGCUGAAAAGUGUAGUUCAGACUGCAAAAAGCAUGAAGCAGGGAACAGUGCAAUUAGACAUUCGCUCCAGAUUUUCUAAGGGCUUCGAUGGAGUUAUGAACAGGGACAACAUUAUGGCAUCAAAAGAAAUACUCAACUCCUUGCCAUUCAUAAUGGCUGAGUCAACUGUUAAGGGAGAUCACGGGGCGGAAGAAGAAUUGCAGGGUGUGAGUCGGUCAAUUGCAAAUCUUCUUAAAGGAAAUCUAGACUAUACAGACAAAGAAGAUCUUUUUCUUGAAUAA